UUGUCUUAUUAUGAGUUUUGUCUUUAGUGAAACUAGGUUUUUCUUGUUCUUUGGUGGGAAACAUGAAAAUAAACACUAAACUACUGCCGAUUAAAUUACAUUAUUUCUUUUUUAUGGCUGCUGUAGGGCCAAUUCUUCCUCAGUUGCCGCUUUUUGGAAAGGAUUUAGGGAUAUCUCCGGUAGUCAUGGGCACAAUAACGGGGAUGUUGCCUUUCACAUUUUUAAUAACGAAACCAAUUUUUGGCUUGGCCGUGGACGUUUGGAGAAAUCAACGGAAAACUAUUUUUACAUUUGUGAUACUGUUGAUGACUAUUUCUUUCGGUGCUUUAUACUUUCUUCGUUUACCAACACCAGUCACAUUCUAUUUCCAAUUUUCGAAAAACGCACAUCUGGAUUCGUGUCCCAACGCUACGGUUUCCGUACUUUGCAACUCAAGUUGUUUGACAAAACCGACAAAUUUUGCAGCAAGUGUUAUUGAACCUCAAGUUUUUAAAGUUUGUUUUUUACCUGUUGGUGAGUUGAUUUGGUCGGAGAAUUUCACUUGUGAUUUUAUUUGUACUGGAGAUUCUAACUUGAGUAAACAAAGGUCUUAUGAAUUAUUCACCUUUUGGAGUUUUAUCAUGCUCAUGUCUGUGGGGACAAUAGGAUUUAAUAUUGUUAACUCAAUCAGCGACGCAAUUUGUUUUGAUGUUGUGGAUAAUCAGAAUCUUUACGGCAAGCAGCGAUUAUGGGGUUCGAUCGGAUUUGGAAUCACAGCAUUAAUAGCAGGAUAUGUUGUUGAUUUUUUUUCUAACAGUAUCACAAAUUAUGCUGCAGCUUACAUAACAAUGCUUAUUUGUUGCAUUUUUGAUUUAUUGGUUUGUUUCAAAUUGAAAUUACCGGUGAUAGAAGCCCCUAAAAAUAUUUUCAAAGACUUGAAAUUAUUAUUUACUGAUCGAUAUGUAAAAACCUUUAUCGUUUUUACUGUAUUUAUCGGAAUGUUAGAUGGUGUAAUAAUUUAUUUCCUUUUCUGGUACUUGGAAGAUUUAUCAACAGAAACACACACCCCCAACGUGAAACUAAUGGAAGGUUUAAUUCUCGCAGCUGGUUGUUUAGGCGCUGAAGUAAUAUUCUUUUUUAUAUCAGGAAAAAUUUUACAGCGGUUAGGUCACGUACACUGUUUCACUCUAUGUUUCUUCAAUUACUCUUUACGAUUAGGGUUGAUAGCUCUAGUCACAAAUCCUUGGUGGAUUUUACCAAUUGAAUUAUUUUUACAAGGUCCCACUUUUGCGUUAAGUUACACGACUAUUGCAGCUUAUGCUAACGAAAUAGCCCCAGUAGGAAUGUCCGCUACUAUGCAAGGAAUUGCCGCAGGAAUGGGAGAUGGCACUGGUUACGCAUUGGGGAGUGUUUUUGGAGGUGUGCUUUAUCGGUUUUUGGGAGGAAGAAUGACUUUUGUGGCCUUUAUGGCGUUUGGACUGACGUGUGGAGUGCUUCAUUUUGUGUUGCAUAAAACUGUAUUGAAGUGUGAUAAAAAACGUGAUUAUGAAACCCUAGACUGAUGAGUUUUUUAUAUAAAUAAAGAAAAUCCCGUCUAAA